AAAAAAAUUGAAAAUAAAAGUUCUGAACAUUUUAAAAUUAAAAACAAAAAUAAAAGUUCAAAUAAGAAACAAAAACUUAAUUAAAGUCAAAUAAUGGAUGGAGGGGACAUUGAAUUGCAAGAAGAUCGAGCGUUAUCGCCUCUAGAUAUGGCUUUAAGAGACCACAACAAUGGUUUAUCUCUACGAAAAGGGUCUGGGAAAUACAACUUAAAUCAUAUGGCCCUAUCUCGCUACAAGAAAAAUCCAGAAACGACAAGAAAAACAAUUUUAACGGAGGAAGAAGAAAGUCGUCUCUGUGAUUGGAUUCUAGCAUGCCUUUCAAAGGGUUUCCCUCGGGAGUGGAGAGAUGUUACAGACGCGGCUCAUGGCUUGUUGAAGGAACGUGUCGGUAAUGAAGCUGCAAAACUAGGAUACACGUGGUUUCUUUUGUUCUGCAAAAGACAUAGUCUUGCACAAAGGACACCAGAAAAACUUGGAAAAGCAUCGACCAACUUAACAAGACCAGACAUUUAUGGAUGGUUCGAACGCGUCCACACAUACAUAUUAAAUGAAGGCCUGAUGGAGCUGCUGCACGAUAACACCAGAGUUUAUAAUGCUGACGAAACUUUCUUUAAGAUCAACAGAACGGCUGGAAAAGUUGUAGCGGCAAUAGGUACCAAAUAUGUUUAUCAACAAGUCAAAGAUGAAAAAGCUGGAUUAACCGUGAUGGGGACCUUUCGUGCUGACGGCUCAUUGUGUAAGCCUUUCAUUAUUUAUCCAUACACUCGCUUCCCAAGAGAAGUUGAGGAGAAGUUUCCUAGUAAUCAGGCUUACAAAGUUGGAACUACGAACGGUUGGAUGGACUCAACGGCUUUUUGUUGCUAUCUAGAGUGCCUGGCUGAUGAAGCAAUUAGUAAAGGAAUAAAAAUGCCUGCUGAAAAAAUUCUGCUCUUCUUGGAUAGACAUCCCAGUCAUAUGACACUAGAAGGUUGUGAAACAGCAAAGAAAUUAGGAAUAGAACUCAUUUGUCUGUAUCCCAACUCUACAUUCUUACUUCAGCCUGCAGAUGUGGGAUGUUUCAAACCGCUGAAACUAUACUGGAGAGAGGAGCUUCGUAAUUUGAGCGUUCAGAACACUACUCAGUGUGUAAGCAAAUCUGAUUUCGCUUCAGUCUUCUUACGAGCUUUCAACCGACUUGGAUCAGAAAUUAUUAAGAAUGCUUUUAGGACGUGUGGCAUUUUUCCAUUCAAUAAAGAGGCUCCAGAUUAUUUAAAGUGCCUUGGAAAAGUGGCACACAAUGAUGAAUCUGGAAUUUCAUUAGAGGACAAUAGUGAAGAUACCACAGCAAGCGUUGAAACGUCUUAUUUAUAUCCUGAUGUUUUAGACUUUGAAACAGCAGAGAUGGUAGUUUCGAACAAAUUCACGGAUGAACAGAAAAUUGAUCUUCUGGGGCAUCUCUGCCGAAAUAUGUUACCACCAUCCCCACCAGCAGCUGAAGAAGAAUUCUUGCUACAACCACCAGCAGCUGAAGAAAAAUUCUUGCUACAACCACCAGCAGCUGAAGAAGAAUUCUUGCUACAACCACCAGCAGCUGAAGAAGAAUUCCUAGAAGAAACUCCACCGACAUCACCAGCAGCUGCUGAAGAAGUUCCAGCUUUCGCCCUUGUCGUUCCACCGACACCGUGUCGCUCGUUUAAACGAAACACAAAGCGAACAGCUGAUGUUAUCACUUCACUUGAGCACAUCGAGAGCAUGAAAACAACUCGCAUUGAGAAAGAACAGACUGAAAUACAAAAAAAGGCUCGACAUGUUCUUCGUGAAAAUAAUCGUGAACUUAAAGCUCAAAAAUUUAAGUCCCAUUGCCGAUUCUGUUCACAUUCUUUAACAACCGAAAGAGGAAUAGAAAAGCAUGAAGGCGAAUGUUUCAAAAAUCCUAACAGAGCAACUGUCACAUGCCCUAUUUGUCGCCUUUCCGUAAAGCCGAGUCUUAUCCUGAAACAUAAGAAAACUCAUUAUGUUCAGAAUAUCGCCGAUCCAUUGCCCAUCGUAGCAAGAAAAAAAAUAAUUUAA